ACAUAUAUUUGUGUGUCCAGGUGCCUUGAAUAACCUUUCCAAUGUUAGUACCAAAGUAGCCAAUCAGCGAAACCUUUGUUUGAAUUGUUGUCGUCGCAAUGUACACAAAGAGAGGUCAGCGCGAGCGGUGCUCUUUAGUGGGAACCAACUGUCGCCCACGAUUAAAGAUGGCCGGACAAAAGUGGCAUCGAGUUUUAGUUCGCACACUGUAUAUCGGGUUGGUUCUUUACACCUUCGUUGCAGCUUGUGACAGCGGGCACGUCCGGCACAAAGAGGAUACCCUGACGACGCCGUAUCACAACGUUACAACAAGGUCACCAACAACAACAGUCAUCCCGGCAUCUCUCACGCCGAGUAACACCACUACAGAUGAGACCUACCUAGGGUUCAUAGCUGCAGGUGUGUCGGUUGCGUUCUUCGGAACCAACCUGGUGCCUAUCAAGAAAGUGGACACGGGCGAUGGUAUGUUCUUUCAGUGGAUGUUUUGCUCGGCCAUCUGGUGCGUGGGUUUGGUGGUGAACGUUAUUCAGGGUUACCCCACCUUCUACCCCAUCUGUAUGUUGGGAGGAUUUCUAUGGUGUACAGGUAACGUGACAGUAGUACCGAUCCUGAAGUGCAUAGGCAUGGGGAUGGGCAUGCUGAUCUGGGGCUCCUUCAACCUCAUGAUGGGCUGGUUCAGCGGGCGGUUCGGCUGGUUCGGGCUGAAGCCGCAGGACAAGUUCACCCGGCCGGUGCUGGACUACGCUGGGUUCGGGUUAGCUGUUCUUAGUGUUACCAUGUUUCUGUUUGUGAAGAGCGAGGGAAAGACAACACCUUCUGCAGAAGAGCAGCGCCUUUUGGUCAGCAAUAGGACACUCAACAGUCGUUACGGUACCAGUGCUGCUGCAGCAGUGGAGGAAUCGGAUGAGUCCUGGGUGGACAAGCUGUCUUCAAAUCAGAAGCGGCUAGUUGGCGUUGUGCUGUCUGCGCUUGCAGGCUGUGCGUACGGGACCAGCUUCGCACCAGUGAUUUACCCACAGCAACAUUACCAGGGAGCCUCACAGGAUGGACUGGACUAUGUUUUUGCUCACUUUUCCGGUGUCUAUGCUACAUCUACUCUGUACUUCAUAUUGUACGCCAUCUACAUGAAGAACAGACCUAAAGUAUUCCCCAGAGCCAUUCUCCCCAUACUUCUCGGGGGAUUUAUGUGGGGCAUCGCAGAGUCUGGGUGGUUCGUGGCAAAUCAGAAGCUUCAAGAGAGCGUCAGCUUUCCAAUAAUCUCAACGGGUCCAGGAAUAGUUGCAGCACUUUGGAGUGUCUUCUAUUUCAAAGAAAUCAAGGGAGCCAGGAAUCUAUUAAUAUUGACAUUGGCAUUUGCAGUCACUGUAGCAGGAGCUUUGCUGACGGCUUUCUCCUAUUAGAAAAGUGUACAGUGCACAUCAGCAGUACCAUUUUUCUAUACUUCUACAGAAGUAAUAUUAUGUUAACCCUGCAUAUCAAGAAACAUAACAUUCAUAUCUAUUCAUACAAGUGAGUAUUGUUUUCUAUGUAAAUAACAUUAUAGGUUGAGAACAUAGAAUAGCUAUAGACAAUCAUUGUCAGAGAUGAUACAAGAAAAUAAAUGCAUUUAAUAUCA